GCAACACCAUUUACAAAGCCUCUCGACAAGAUAUUUUAUAAAAGCAACACUAAACAUAAUGUCAAUGUCAAACUAUGUUAUUGUCAACUUCGUUUAUUUUUGUUCUCUCGAAGAAUAAAUUGCGGCUAAGUUGAAAUCACGCCGUUAUUUAAAUUACGCCGCUGUAUGUGUUACACCACUGUCGAAAUUGUUCAAGGUCAAUUCAUAAUAAAGCACAUGCCUAACACUAGGAAAAAAGUAAUCAAAACAGUGUAUAAAGAUGAGGACAGUGAAGUAGAAGACGGUGAUUUCAGUGAUUCUGGUUCAGAUGCGAAAUUUUCUCCUGAAGAUGAAUCAAGCUCGGAGGAAGAAGCACUCGGCGUACCUUCAUCUGGAGAAGAGUUUGAUAAUGAUUCCAGCGCUAAACAAAGAAAAGAAAGAAAACCUAAAGUGAAGCAGUUAACUAGGAAACCAAAAUUUGCGCAAACAAUAAUCCAAAAAAUAAAACAAACAUUGGCCGAAGAUGAACAUGAAGACGAUAUACUUCCAACUUCGCAGUUCUCAGUCAAAGACCUAACAGAAGCUGACAAAAUAUUGCCAAAAUUUAAUUUUUCAGAGCUUAAUUUGUCGGAAAGUGAUAGCAGUGAUGAUGAAUCUCAAAAAAUCUCAAAAAAACAACCAAUUACCUCAGUUUCUUUCAAAGAAUCAGAACAAGUUUCAACCAGUGAUAAUGAAACUGCUAUGGAAUACAAAGACGUGUGGUCAAAUAACAUACAAGAUAACAGUGAAGAAAUUGCCAAAAAGGCAUUUUUGGAACUUGAACAGCAUAAAACUAAAAUUGAAGAAACCAAGGCAUCACUUCUGAGCUAUGCACAAAAGCUUAGUGAGUCUCAGAAAGAAACUGAUGUCAAAGACCUAUUAGCUCUCGGUGAGGAGGCUAUAAGCAAGGAGCCUACAACAAGUAAUGUUAAGAAAAAACCUAUAUCUAAGAAAAAGAAAGAAGACAGUGAUUCUGAACUAGAGGAUUGGGAAGAAGUUAAAGAAUCAAGAGGGAUAUCACCACAGGGGUUGCAACUGUUUGUUGAAUUCCCUGAUGCAGGAUGCAGAAAGAGUAAGAAAGUUGAUGUUGAAAUGAUGAUGAAGAGGAAAAUCAACAGGGUUAAAAAAGAAUAUCAAGUAUACAUGCAUAAAGUACAUGUGUUGUGUUGGUUAGGACAUGGCAAUUUCGUAAGUCGUGUUUUAAAUGAUCAAGAACUUAUGGCAGCUGUUUUAACUUUAGUUCCAUCCAAAGAAUGCUAUCCUGGAGAGAGAGUUGACAUGAAAUAUGUUGAACAAAUUACAUCUUGGUACAAAGACAAACUUAAACUGAAGCAAGACAAACAUGAAGAUAAGUUCAAACCAAAAGCCCCACCUCUUAAAGCACUUUUGUUGGAUCAGAUUAAAAACAAAACAGCAAGUACUUCUAAAGCUAAGGCAGGCACCUCCGAAACUAAAGCAGGUACUUCUAAAACUAAGCCCCCAAACAUCAAAAAAGAUGAAAAACGAGAUCAAAAACCUAGUUCUUCCCAUUCUAAACCAAAAAAGAAAAAGGUUGCUCAAGUAGAUGGUUGUGAUGAUAGAUUUACUGAUAGUGAAGAUGAGAAUAUAAUGCAAGUUGAUGGAAAUGAUGAUGGUGAUCGUAAAACGAGAUCUGGUAAAAGAACAAAAGCAAGUGAAACUACUACAGAAAAAUCAGAAAACGAAGAAAUAUCGCCUCCUAAAAUACCAAAGAAAGGUUCAAGCAGCACAUCACCACUCCAACCAAACUUAAAACAAGAUGAAAGUAAAGUAACUCAUGGAAAAAAGGAAGCACAGGAAGGAAAUAAAUCACAAAAAACAUCCAAAGGUGUUAAAGUACCAAGACAAUCCUUACCUCGUGGAGAAAGGUUACGGAAGAAGGUGGAAGUCAAAUAUCUCCAACAAAAAGUUAGUAAAGACAAAGAUAAAGAAUUAAAUACUUCUCCUAAUCCUAGAACAAGAACACAAAGAGGUAAACUGAAUACUGAUAACAUUACUGAUGUCCCGAAAAUAUCUGUAACAGACGAGAAUGCAAAAGAAGUGGCAAGUAAAUAUUUUGAAGACACAAAACCUAAAACCAGCAGGCUAUCAAGAAAACGUUCACAAACUGCUAACCCUAAGAUAUUACUGACUACAAGUGUAGAGGAAAAUAAGGGAAAAGUUUCGAAACCAAGUGCUAGAACACAGAGCGCUCCUGGCGCUUCUAUAGAAAAAAGCAAAUAUUUUGAAAGCCCAACUAAAAAAAGCCCUCUUAAAAGAACUGCAAGACAAAUUAAAAAAGAAAUUAAAGCUGAAGACAGUCAACGAGUGAGCCACAGAGAUCUUGCGAAAAGUAAUAAAGGAAAGGGUGAUGUCACUGCAGACCUGGUGAACAUUAUAAAGAGUAGAGUUAAAGAUGCUAAGUUACAAUCAAAGAAAGGAUUAGUGAAAGGUAAAAUUAAAAAGGAAUCUGAUGAAGAUAGUGAUUAUUUACCAGUGGAAGACCCUAAAAGGCUUGGGUCUGACAGUGAUGAUGACUUUAAAAAAACAAAAAUAAGUCCCAAAGCAAGCACCAGUCGUCAAAUAGAUCGACGAGUGUUAUCCUCUACCUCCAGCGACGAACAGAACAAGAAAAAGGGAGUGGAUGUGUGGUGUGAAAUAUUUGUAGAAGAGUUGGAACAAUGGAUUUGUGUCGAUGUCACCAAAGGAAAAGUACAUUCUGCAGGUGACAUUUAUAAUAAUGCCACUCACCCAAUAUGCUACAUUGUUGGAUGGGACAACAAUAACUACGUCAAGGAUUUGACCCGUAAAUAUGUUCCACACUGGAAUACUAUAACUCGUAAACUUCGCGCUGAAUCUAGUUGGUGGGAAACUGCAUUAAAACCUUGGCGGGGACCGAGGACUGCAAGAGAUAGGGAGGAAGAUGAAUACUUGGAUAAGAUGCAAUUAGAAGCACCUUUACCUAAAAGUGUUGCUGAAUACAAGAAUCAUCCACUGUAUGCGUUAAAGAGACAUUUACUAAAGUUCGAAGCUAUUUAUCCACCUGAUGCAGCAGUGCUAGGAUACGUCCGUGGCGAGCCAGUGUACGCGCGAGAGUGUGUGUAUGUGUGCCGCUCAAGAGACAUUUGGCUCAAGGAAGCUAAAGUGGUUAGACUAGGAGAGAAGCCCUACAAGAUCGUAAAAGCACGACCCAAGUGGGAUAAGUUGUCAUGUAAAAUAGUAGACGGUGGACUUUUGGAAGUAUUUGGGCCAUGGCAAGUGCAAGAUUAUGAACCACCAACAGCAGAGAAUGGCAUUGUACCCCGGAACGCGUAUGGCAAUGUUGAACUCUUUAAAGAAUGUAUGUUACCUAAAGGAACUGUUCUUAUCAAAUUGCCGAAUUUAUUGAGAGUUGCAAAGAAGCUGAACAUAGAUUGCGCACCAGCUAUGACCGGCUUCGAAUACAGCGGUGGCGGAUAUUCACACCCUGUAUAUGACGGUUUCGUAGUUUGCAAGGAAUUUGAGGAGAUAAUCACAGAGGCCUGGCUGAAGGAUCAAGAAGAACAAGAACGUAAGGAAAUACAAAAGAUAGAAGCACGAGUUUAUGGUAACUGGAAGCGUUUGAUCAGGGGGCUAAUGAUUCGUGAGCGUCUUAAGAUGAAAUAUGGGUUCGAAGAGCCCAGCACAUCGGAAACCACAAAAAAGUCCAAAGGACCAAGAUUGGUUGUGAAGAAAAAAUCAUGAGAAAGUACUUUACACUC